AUGAGACACCAUCCCGCCAAUGAGGAGAUCACCUGGCUCAUACCACUCAUGUGGAAUAUCUACCGGAUUAUUACUGAUGAGCUUAACUGUAUGCACUUUGCACAGCAAAUCUGGGAGCAGCAAAAGCAGCAGCAGCAACAUCCUGUACUUGUGGUGACCAAGUUUUACCAGCACAUCCUGGCCUUGGUGUUUGCUGUUGAUGAGAUCAAUGAUAAUCCCGGGAUCCUGCCCAAUGUCACUCUUGGGUUCCACAUCUACGACAGCUAUACUGAUUCAAAGAUGACCUAUCGUUCCACUCUGGAUCUGCUCUUUAAAUCAUAUCACUUUGUCCCAAACUACAAAUGUGGCAUUCAGAAUAACGUAAUAGGAGUAAUUGGAGGACUUGAGUCUGAUAUUUCUUCACACUUGGCAGACAUUUUAGGUCUUUACAAGAUUCCACAGCUCCAUUCAUUUCUUCAAGGAAUGUCAUUCAACAACAGUGCUGGAGAUGAAAUUACAUUGAAUGAACAUGGAGAAUUGGACGCUGGAUUUGAUAUUACAAAUUUGAUCACAUUCCCAAAUAAAUCCUACAUCAGAGUAAAAGUGGGAAGGCUGGACCCUCAGGCUCCUCCUGGGAAAGAAUUCACCAUUGAUGAGGCCAGAAUUGAAUGGCACAGAAGUUUGACUCAGGUGCCACCCCUUUCAGAAUGUAAUGGCAUCUGCCAACCUGGUUAUGGGAUGAAAAAGAGAGAAGGAGAGAAAUUUUGCUGCUAUGAUUGUGCUCCAUGUCCAGAUGGGAUGGUCUCAAACGAGAAGGGUAGGACAUAUUUAGAAAAUUGUGCAAGUUGUGCAAAGGAUCUAUACCCAAACAAAGGCCAGGAUCUAUGCAUUCCUAAGAUACCAAACUUCUUAGCUGUUGAUGAAGUACUGACGAUUGUUUCAACUUCCACUGCACUUUUAUUUUCUCUGAUCACAGCUCUGGUGCUGGGCAUCUUCAUUAAGCAUCGGGACACUGCCAUAGUCAAAGCCAACAACAGAAGCCUCACCUACAUUCUCCUCAUCUCCCUCCUCUUGUGUUUCCUCUGUUCUUUGUUGUUCAUUGGAAAACCUAAUAAGGUGACCUGCCUUCUCCGACAAACGGCUUUUGGCAUCAUCUUCUCUGUGGCCCUCUCUAGCAUCUUGGCCAAAACUAUAUCAGUGGUUUUGGCAUUCAUGGCUACUAAGCCAGGAUCCAGUAUCAGGAAAUGGGUGGGGAAAAGAUUGGCUUAUUCCAUAGUCCUUUCCUGCUCUAAAACUCAAGUAGUGAUAUGUGCACUCUGGCUGACAAUCUCUCCUCCAUUCCCAGAUUUGGACAUGCACUCAAUGAGGGAAGGAAUUAUAUUUCUAUGUAAUGAAGGGUCAGUCCUCAUGUUCUACUGUGUCUUGGGUUAUAUGGGUUUCCUGGCCAUUGUCAGCUUCACUGUGGCCUUCUUAGCCAGAAAGUUACCUGACAGUUUCAAUGAAGCCAAGUUCAUCACCUUCAGCAUGUUGGUCUUUUGCAGUGUUUGGCUCUCUUUCAUUCCAACUUACCUGAGCACCAGAGGAAAAUACAUGGUGGCUGUGGAGAUCUUCUCCAUCUUGGCUUCCAGUGCUGGAUUACUGGCUUGCAUCUUUUCCCCUAAAUGCUACAUUAUUGUGAUGAGGCCUGAGUUAAACAACAGAGAGCAAUUGAUACGGAGAAAGAUAUAA